AUGAAAAAAUUUCAUCCAAUUACCUUUGUUUCGACAUUGCUGGUGAUGUUUUUGAGUUCAGAAGAAACCGGUUCAAGUGACAUCAAAUGCACCCCUUGCCAGCAACAAAACCCAUCGCCGCCUCCACCGUCUCCACCUCCACCAGCUCCUACCUCCAACUACUGCCCACCACCACCAUAUCCAUCCAGCUCUAGCGGUGGUGGCAGUAGCUACUACUACUCUCCUCCACCACCAUCUCAAUCCGGGGGUGGUAACAACUACAACGCUCCUCCGCCGCCAAGUGGCGUCAUCGGUGGCAUGUAUUACCCUCCACCAACGUACAAAAACUACCCAACGCCGCCACCUCCGAACCCCAUUGUGCCUUACUUCCCAUUUUAUUACCACACACCUCCGCCGCCUUCGGGGUCUGAAAAAUUGGUAGCUUGUUGGGUCUCAACUCUUGUUUCCUUGCUGGGUCUGUUCCUUCAUUUCUUUUGA